CAGAAAGCCGGUCUUAGCAGAGAGCACGGUAACCUAGAAGGGGCGGGGCUACACGCUAGAAGAGGAAGUGAAUGAUCUGUGCUGCAGAUUUGGUCUUUUGUGAUGGAAACCUGUUCGGAUUGAAUACCUGGCGUGUGGGGAAAUGUCAUCUCCCUUGUCUGGACUGUUUGUAGAUUCAGAUUUCCCAGCUCAUGUUUCAUCCUUGGUGCAUGGAGGGGAUACACAACUGUCUUUGCACAGUGAUAAUAUUUCAUGGCAGAGGCCCUUGGAUAUCUGUGCAUCCCCAAGUUUAUUCUCAGAAAAAAACAGGCUGAAUUUGGGGAAGCAGGGAAUUCUGGGAGACUGCUGGUUCAUAUGUGCAUGCACAGCACUGCAGAAAUAUGAUCGACUUCUUGGUCAGGUUUUCCCUGCUGGUCAGUGCACCUGGACUAAUUCCAAUUAUUUGGGCCAAUUCACCUGCAGAUUUUGGCGCUUUGGCUGCUGGGUUGAGGUUACCAUUGAUGACAAUCUUCCUUGCUUAGGAAACAAGCUCUGCUUUUCCCACUGCCAAGACCAAGGGGCCUUUUGGCUGCCAUUGCUGGAAAAAGCAUAUGCAAAGCUACAUGGCUGUUAUGAGGCUUUAUGGGCUGGACAGGUGGCUGAUGCUCUGGUGGAUCUCACAGGGGGUCUUGUAGAGAGAUGGUCUCUGGAGUCCGAGGAUGACAGAGGCAGAGAAAAAUUGUUCAGCAAAUUAGUGUCAUUAAAAGAUAGAUGUGCAAUGUGCUGUUCAGUGCUACAUAACAGAGACCGAGUGAUGGAGUUAGGAGAACUUCAUGCCUACACAAUCACAGAUAUUCAACAUGUAGUCACUAAGAGCUGCAAAGACUUGCUGCUGCUCCGUUUGCACAACCCCUGGGGAAGAAGCAGCUGGGCAGGCUCUUGGCGCAAAGGAGGUGAUGGAUGGAAUGAUCUGAACCUCAAAGACAGCGCUCGACUUCUUUCUGAAGUACAGGAAGGAGAAUUCUGGGUAGAAAAGCAAGAAUUUUUACAAGAGUUUGAUGAAAUCACAAUAGCUUUUCCUUACAGCCAUGAGGGGCACUUACAAAGCAUUUGGACAGAUUUACCAUUGCUUCACAAGCAGCAAUUUUAUGGAUCCUGGGUUAAAGGCUACAGUGCUGGUGGAUCUCGUAACAACGUUAGUUUUCCUGAAAAUCCCAAAUUCUGGUUGCGAGUAAAAGAACCAAGUGAAGUGUUUCUGUCUCUAAUGCAAAUACCUCAGGGAGGAGUCAAAAUUCCCGAACCUGUGCAUGGUGUAUAUCGGAGAAAUCUGAGGCAUAAUAAAACAGCCAUUAAUGCUGUAGGCAUUCAUGUGUGGAAGGUGGAGAAGCGCCGAUUUAAGCUACAAAAGACACUUUCAUCUUUGCCUCUGGCUGGUACCUCAUCUCACUGCUAUGAUCGACAACUGCAUCUAUGCUGCAACCUUUCCCCUGGGUAUUACCUACUGAUCCCCAGCAUCUUCCUCAGGGAGGCAGAGGGGAAUUUCUUGCUGCGCAUCCUUUCCACUGGCAACUUCACACUGAGUGAAUGUGCACCAUCUUGGAAUAUUCCCUCUGCCAAUGCUGAUUUGACAUGUGGAAUGUGGGAGACUCAGGAGCUAAGUGGACAGUGGAAGAAAGGUAGCAACGCAGGAGGAAGUAGAAACUUCGCUUCUCACAUCAUAAAUCCCUGUUUUCCAUUUUCUGUGCCUGAUGGUACUCCUAUGAUAAAGCUGAUGCUGCGCCAGCAGCAUGAUGGUGAAAAAUGCCAUGCUAUUGGAUUCCAUGUAUACCCAGUAACAAGCAACCAAAGUGUUUUUUCAUUGGAACCAUGUGUUAAGUGCAUUCCUCACAGCCACUGCCAAGAAGUGUCCAAACUUUGUGUUCUCCUACCUGGACAAUAUACCCUUGUGCCUUCAACCUACCUACCUGACCAGGAGUCUGACUUUACUGUAACUAUUGCCACAAAAAUGGAAAGAAAACCAAUACAAAGUCAUGAAACACUUGGGAAGAUGUUACAAGAGGUCUCUUUUGUAUCUGCAAUGAAGUAAUGUACACAAUACAACAAACACAUUCUCUUUGCUGGUGUUUUGGUCAUUUAUAAAAACUUCUACACCUCUCUCAUUCAGAAUGAAAUUAAAAAUUAUUUAUUUUUUCUUAAAUGUAUUGUAUGGGUUUUGUAUAUUAUUUUUAAUCUGCCAACAUGGGGUGCUUAAUAUCUUUGUGCUGGACAAACCUUUUGCCCUUUUUUGCAAAGUAAUAAAUCAUACAUAUAUUUUG